CCCGUUGGCUCCGCAGCGCUAUGGACGAGACGGUGGCCGAGUUCAUCCGCCGGAUCGUGCUGAAGGUGCCGCGCCCGCACAUCCCGGCGCUGCUGCAGGCCUGGAGCUUCCUGCCCGCCGCGCAGCUGCAGGCGCUGGACAUGCGGCCGCUGAAGGAGACUGUCGCCGACGCCGUGGUGCAGCUCUGCCAGGAAAAGCCUGCAAGUAUAAAGGAAGCAGGAGUUCUAGACAUUAUUUACAACCAUACUUUUCAGAACAAAAGGGUUUGGACGGUUUACCAAAUGACCAAAGCAGCAGGAGGAGAAACUGACAUUUUUGACUUCUCAGCUUUCAAACGCAAAUUUAAGAGAAGAAUUCAGUCAGCCCUGAUAAAUGUGACUAUUAACUUCAAAGAAUUUGAAGAUAAUGCAAUUUGGAUUCGAAUUGCUUGGGGGACCUCAUAUACAAAACCAAACCAAUACAAAGCCACCUAUGUUGUAUAUCAUUCGCAGACGCCCUAUGCCUUCAUUUCAAAAUCUACUAAUAGGAGCAACUUGCCUCUGCUUUGUCAGGCACUGAUUGUUGCUUCCAAUUAUGGUGACAUCCGUGAAAUGGAGCUACGAAGCCAUUGUUUAGACUCCCUUAAAGAUAUUGUGUUUAAGAGGUAUAGCCAGACCUUCCAAACGCAUCAUCCAAAACCUCUGCAAGAAAGAAAUGUUGCUCCAGAAAACGUGGAUCCUAGGAUAAUUCAAGAAGAUAAGAGUGAAAAAGAGAGAAUCCAGCAAGUGAAUCGGGAAGUCUUUGGUGAUGGUCCCCAACCAAAAUUAGAAUUUGCACAAUACAAGCUUGAAACAAUGUUUAAAAGCAAUCCUAAAAUGGUGAACGUGUCUGAAAGGGAAUCAUUCAGAUGUCUGGUCAAAUUCUCUAGUCCACAUCUUUUAGAAGCUCUGAAAUCCUUGGCACCAGCAGGUAUGGCUGAUGCACCACUUUCACCAUUACUUACAUGUAUACCACACAAAGCCAGGAACUACUUUAAAAUUAAAGAGAAAAAAGGUUUACUUGCAGCAAGCCUUGUAAGCCCCUAACCUUCCUGCGAAGUCUGAUCCAUACAGAAAUGUACAUAUGUAUAUGGGUUAGUCAAGGAGAUUGCUUGGUGACAGGCCAUUCUUAGCCCAGUUAAACAGUGAAUUUAGGCAGUUAAACCAGUUAUUUCAUUAGAGUUCCUCUACAGCUCAUAAAGUAUGUGAUGGAAAGAUGCAACUUCAAACAGACUUUAUCAGAAUACAGUAGGUCAAGUAAUGGUGUGGUAGAUCUGGCAUUUGCUUACUGUAGUAGCAUCAUUUAAUAUAAUGGAAAAACCUAUAAUGUGUCAUUCACUAUACGAGAAACAUUCUGAGACGAGACAAACCUAUGCUACUGGGAAAAUGAACAUUUCAAAUUUGCCUUGACAGUGCAUUCUAGCAGAAGAUUCUUAUGACACCAUUCAGUUGUCAUGACUGCAUUUAUAGUAAUACAUAUAGUAACAUGCUUUUAUAUAUUAAAAGAGGCUUGGGGCUUCUUAUUAGUAAAAGGUGGUACCAAGCAGUUGGCAGACAUUUUUCAUGUUCUUAAAAUAGUGUUAGUAAAUACCUAAUAAAGAGAUAUAAUGCUUUAUGUACAUUAUAUUUUAAUCUCUAUUUUACCAAGUGACUGAGAAGGUAUUGAAGCACAGAUGUAUUUAAGUUUUCUCCCAGAUUAGUAAAUAAAUUAAUCUAAAACUUUUUAACCGGUGUCAGAUUUUAGAGCAUCAUUGCUUUAUAAUUUGCUUUUCAUAUGCUAUAACGAAUUGCGUUAUUGGAAUUGUACAUGCAUUGCUGCUUAUCAAAAUAUUGGUGGGAAGCAUCUGUGAUGAAUGUUACUAAUGAAUGAUGCUAAUUAUUAUUAAUGGCCUUCUGAAAUAAGUUGAAAUUAGAUGGAGCCCAAA